AUGACACCUAAAGUGUCCCCGGCCUAUACCCCAGGUUCACCCAACUACAAUGUUGCCAAAUUGCUUCUCAUUGGACUCGCCUUUCACCUCGUUUAUAUCGGCUCGGUUUUUGACUGCUACUUCAAGAGUCCAGUUGUAAAUGGCAUGAAUAAUUAUGGUUAUCAGACAAGUGCAGCUGCAAAACGGCUUGUUCUCAUUGUUGGCGACGGACUUCGUGCAGACUUGUUGUUCUCUUUGAACGCUUUUCGGGACAUUGCCGAAUCGCCCAAAGUCGUAGCGCCUUACUUGAGGUCUAUAGCAGAAACCAGAGGCGCAUUCGGAAUAUCGCACACUCGCGUGCCAACGGAAAGUCGUCCGGGCCACGUCGCGAUUAUAGGUAAGUUUAUUCGAAGUGGAAUGUAUGAAGACGUAUCUGCCGUGACGAAGGGAUGGAAGACAAAUCCGGUAGACUUUGAUUCAGUGUUUAAUCAGUCAUCUUCCACCUAUUCAUUUGGGUCACCGGAUAUCUUGCCCAUGUUUGCCAAAGGUGCUACACCCGGUAAAGUCAAAGCUUGGAGCUAUGAUGAAGAGGAAGAGGAUUUCACAAAAGAUGCAACUGCUUUGGACAUCUGGGUUCUUGACCAAAUGAAGAUACUUUUUGCAAACGCCACCGCUAACUCCUCGUUAUCGAGCGAAUUGCACUCCGACAAGAUUGUAUUUUUUCUGCAUCUGCUUGGCUUGGACACGACAGGACAUUCGUAUCGACCUCAUUCCAAAGAAUACAUGAAGAACAUCCAAGUAGUCGACAGCAUAGUGCGCGAAACUGAGAAGCUUGUCAAUGACUUUUAUGGGGAUGAAGACACGGCCUUUAUCUUCACUGCUGACCAUGGUAUGUCCGUAAUUGGGAAUCACGGUGACGGUCAUCCGGACAAUACACGGACGCCUUUGAUUGCUUGGGGUAGAGGCAUACGAGGGCCUCUUCCGGACAGCAAAAUAUCGUCUCAUGACGUUUACUCGAAACCAUGGAAUCUCGGCCACUUAUUUCGUCGGGAUGUAGAGCAAGCAGAUAUCGCGGCACUUAUGGCAGCUCUUCUCGGGAUAAACUGGCCCGUCAACUCUGUGGGAGUCCUGCCUGAUGUGGAUGCUCAAUCUCCUGGCUAUCUGAAUCCUUCGAUUCUUGGAGAAGAAGCCAUCGCAAGAACUGCUCUGACAAAUGCAAAGCCAUUGUCAAAUGUUACUACCACGGAGGAUACACCUCAAAUCUUUAACAUAAACCUCCUCAUCGCCGAAAAACAAUGGGAUGCUGCUCGACGAGCUUCCUUCGACCUUAUUCAACAGAGUUUACUUGGGCUCCACUACUUGCAAACCUAUGAUCGCCUCAUGAUUAGAGCGUUCGUCACCGCUGCUUACCUUGGUUGGGCCGCAUAUGCGUCACUGUUUCUUUUCCGACCUUUGGAUUACACAACAUCGGUACUCAAACCUUCUAACCAGGACAUUCGAAAGGCGCUUAACGCAGGAAGUUGGACGAUAUUGGCGGCAUUUUGGCUAUCAUUUUCUGUCCAAAGGUCGCCCUGGAGUUUCUAUGUCUACAUAACAUUCCCGUGCUACUUCUGGAAUCAGUUCUUGUCACAGGUCGUUACCACGUCCGGCAUUUUAAUUAACUUCAACUGGAGGAAAGGGGCCCUUGUUCUCGUCAAUUCAUCCUUGGUUGUGGUUGCUUUAUUUGGCAUGGUUGUUGGUUAUACCCAUAGAUCUGUUUGGAGCAUUGGAUUUGGCAUCCUUGGUCUGGCCUGGCCUCUUUCCUGGAACCCUGACGUUCGUGCAGCCCACUGGAGAAGUCUGACCUUUUGGACUGUCUCUUGCUUAGCAACCUCCGUCUUUCCACUUCUUUCCGUUGAUAAAAGUGAAAGUCUGGUAACAAUUAUGAUCGGAGGGUCUGCAGUCAUUAUGACAGGCUCAUUUGCGACGUGGCAAAUAUUGCUUUCUGUUAAGGAACAAAAGACAAGAAAGAGCCUACUGCGCAUAUUCUUUAACAAUAAGGUUAUCUUGGUAUGCAUCACAAUGAGUAUCACGGCAUCUUCAGUACGCGAAUUGCAAGCUAAGAGGGGACUCCCGUUUCUAAACCAGUCUGCUGGAUGGAUUAUUCUAGUUACAUCGUCUGUGUUUCCCUUCAUGGUCAGGACUAAAGUCCAUACGAAGUACUCCAAGAUCUUAAUGUAUUUUCUUGGAUUUGGGCCAUGCUUUGUGAUCCUGUCGAUCAGUGUUGAAGGUCUCUUUUUUGUGGCAUACUCCGCAGUAUUGGUUGCUUGGAUUCAGGUUGAAAAGGCGGUGCGACUGAGCCAUAGUGGCCAUGCUGAUUCGAUAUCGGCAAAUUCGAAAGGCCAGGAUGCUUCCAAGGAUAGAACAGGCAAAACCAAUUUGGCACAAGCUGCCGUUGCUCAUAAGUUCCAAAUGGAUGAUUUACGCAUUGCUCUGUUCUUUUUGUUUUUUGUCCAGGUCGGUUUCUUUGGGACUGGCAAAUUGUGUAUCCUCAGGUCUUUCUAUCUCGCGCCUGUCUAUCGACUAAUUCCUAUCUUUAAUCCAUUUUAUAUGUCGAGCUUAUUGGUCUUCAAAAUAAUUGCACCGUACAUCAUGCUAUCGGUCUCAUUUGCAGUCCUUAACGACUCUCUAAACCUUCCACCAUUUUCUCUGCUCUUGGUCGCACUUACCAUCACCGACGGUUAG